AUGGCUUCCAGUGCAAGUCAAAUGCACUACUUUGAAGGCAUUGCGCCGCCGACGGACACAGCGGUGCUGAUAUGUAAAGCAAUCCGAUCGACGAGGCACCGGCUUCAAGCGUGCAACGCGGUCGACGUCAACCUUAUCUACGAUAUCCACACACUCGCCAAUACGGACUUCUUUCGCUUUGACGUGCAGGCCGCAAGGAUGCAUGUAAGGGCCGUUGCGCAAUUGGUCGGUCAGAUUGGAGGCUUGAAGUCACUCGACCCUGCCUGGCGCGAAUGGUUCAUCCUCGGAGACGAGUUCAUAGCAGCCGAACUGCUUUACAAGCCUUUCUUUCAGCCCGACGACUACGAUCCUGGGUCCUUGCGCGAUAGUGGGCUGGCCUUUGGCGAAUGCGAUCGAUUUGACCACAAAGCGCUUAUGGAGACCAUAGAUGCUUUCAUGACUAGUCCGCAACUGAAAAGCAUCAUGGUUGAUCUCGUCGAGUUCAACCAAGAGAUGAAGUUGCAAUUGAGGGUCGGCCAUGGCAUGGAGCCACAGGUCGCUCACGAGCGCGUGCGAUGGCGGCAUCUGCGGGCCGCUGCGUUACGAAGCCGUCUACUGCAUUAUGCGGCAGUGACUUGGACCGAGGAGGUCUCGCGGCUUGCGCUUUUGACUUGGACGUACAUGGUCACCUCUGUGGUGGGCCGCAGGAGAACAAUGAAGGUCUUGUCUGCCCGGCUGCAGGCUACGUUGAAGAGGAGCUCCGGUAACGCAUGGAAGAGUGAUCCUGUCCUGGUUUGGGCAUUGUUGGUCGGUGCAUGUGCUUCAGAGGGAAAUCGAGGUCGCAGAAAGUGGUAUUGGAAUGUAGCAGCUGCUGUCUACAGCUUGGUCUCAGCCGGAGACAAGCUGAGCAGUGACACUGUCUUUGGCUUGCUUGAUCAAUUCUUGUAUGUUGCGGAGGUGCAGGAAUCUAUGGUGGACCAACUAUUAGGAGAAGUAUCUCUCCCGAGCACACCCUAG